AUGUCUGCCGGCCACGUAAUAGGCAAUCGCAACAGCACUCCUGUCGAGUCUACCAAUACUUCAUCACUACGGCCUCCAUCUUCACGCGCUGUCGGCUCAGGUCAUCACCUUCGAGCUUCUGCAGAUAUGGCCGCAUUUUCAGGUUCACCCUCUGCCAGUCGUGGUCAAGCUAGGCCUUCAUCAGAUUUCUACGGUACUCAGCAAAUCCAAAGUCAGGGCGUCUCUGACAAUGAUGCUUCUGACUCGAUGGCUCAACAAUGGAUCGCCGACAUUGAUCAAUAUGAGAACACAUUAGAAGAAAUGGCAGCCGCAACUUUGGAUCAAGACUUUAAGGAUGAGUUGAGCGCAAUAGAACAAUGGUUCAGAGUUCUGAGUGAAGCCGAACGAACAGCUGCUCUGUAUGCUCUACUGCAACAGACAACCCAAGUACAGAUUCGUUUCUUCAUACAAGUCCUACAGCAGAUGGGCAAAGGUCAUCCUAUGUCCGGUGUAUUGUCGCCCGCAAACUUCGAUAAAGACCCUAUGUCAAGUCGACUCAACGAUGCAAUGAAUAAAACAAAUGUUGAUGGCUCAAGAAAUUCUAUGGGUCGUCCUCCCGCUACUCCAUCUACGAAGAGGCUCUCAGCGCUAGAUCCAUCUGUUAUAAAUAGCAUGUUUCCAGAUGCUGCUGCUGCCAUCGCCACCAAAAAGGCAGAAUAUACCCAGAAAAUGGGCAAUCCUCCCACCUCAAACAGAAAUAGCGCAGCAUACGAUAACCGUGCUUCCCUCACCGCACCUCUCAUCUCUGGUCCCGGAGAUUCGGCAGAUAACAACGCACCUCCCGUCUCGCCUUGGGGAUCUCGCAGUAAUGAUCAGGCAAACAGGCCCAAGUCAUCUUCAGGACAAACACCAAUGGGCCAGUUUAUGCAGCCACCUCCCUCGGCUGGCGGCUUGCGCUCUCCCAGACCAAAUCAAAUUCAAGGAUCAUCUAACCUCCAAAAUACUGUGAUUAAUGCUCCAGAUAAUACUGGCUCUGAUAUGCCACUACUUUCACCAUAUAAUGCAGGGAAUGGAAACUGGGCCUCGAUGGUCAACACACCAAUGGUUCCCAACUUCAAUACGGCAAACAGCAACACUCAAGCUGAUAUGGUCGCAAACGCUACAGCCAUGAAAUUGGCGGCUCUUUCCACAGUUAAUAAUCGUUUUGCUUUGGAUGAUGUACGAAAGUACCGCCGUGCUAGGUCCAACGAUGGCGGACAGAUCCCACCUUCCCCUGGUCUCCCCAAUAAUAUGCCCAACGCAAACGUUGUCAUGAUUAAUGAACACGGUCAGAUAUUGAGUCGAGACCAGGUUCUAGGGCUUCAAGCUCAACAGCAGCAUUCUUUCGGAGGUAGGCAGUCUAGACCAAGCUCCCCAGGAGUAGCCAUGCAAGGUGGAUUUGGUCAACUCAAUUUCGCAUCUCCACAAAAUAACGGCUUCCUGACUGCGUACGAUGGAGUUUCGCCCCUGCUCAACAAUGGCAUGGCCAACUUAAGUCUCAACGCAUUUGGUAUGAGCCAGCACGAAGGUUAUCUUUCCGAUCAUAGUGAAAUGGCUCGGGGCAGGUCGCCACGUGGAAGACGGGGUAGCUCAAAGCCUCCCGAGGAUCCCACUGAUCCUAGCCUUCUCCAGGAUAUUCCCAGCUGGCUGAGGAGUUUGAGAUUGCACAAAUAUACCGAUCAACUUAAGGAUAUGAAUUGGACCGAACUUGUGGAACUAGAUGAUGAAGCGUUGGAGAAGAGGGGUGUCAACGCUCUUGGAGCGAGAAGAAAGAUGCUCAAAGUCUUCGAGCAAGUAAAAGCCGCAAGAGCGGAGGGCAAGCUCUCAUAA